AUUUAAUAAUCAAUGAAAAGUAAAUCACGUAUUGUUACCAGUUAUCAUUAAUCUUAUCGUAAUGAUAUUUUGUAAAUGACAUUAUCGAUGUAAGUUUUAAGUAAUUCCGUACUAUGGACCAGAGUGAGCUUAUUUUUAGAACGGCAUCGUCGAUGUAGCUUCAUUCAUCAGGUUACUGUUAACCAGACCAACCAUUUAUUGUGCUAUUAGUUAAAUUAAAAAAAAAGUUUCAAAUGGAUGUUAAAUAUAUCCUGUACGUUGUACUUUUGUUAAAUAGAAACAUCAAUACGGCGUAUGGAUCAGAUAUCAACGAUACAUUCAAAAUAACUGACAGAGUAUUCAGCUGCAGCAACUGGCUAUCUUCACUAAUAGACAAUAUUUGCAAUAAUGUAUACAAAAUUGUUAAAAGGGACACAUCGCUUAUGAUCGAGAAAAUGGCACCUAAAGAUCUACAAAAGAGUAUGUACAAGCAACGCUUACUUACCGAAGAGCAUUGGCGACGCGUGCGCAGACAAGUCGCCAGCGAAUGUUGCGAGCGUGCGUGUACAGUCGGCAACAUAAUCAUGUACUGUCCUGACGACGCUAAACUAUUGCGAGAAAAUCCCGACAUAUUUUAUUGAAACGAUAACACCAAAUACGAUACAAUCAUGUAUCAGUGAACAUUUUAUCUACCUCAUGCUUCCGAGACAAAGACGAUUCUUAGUGAAUCUGAUGUUCCGAAAGUAGCGUAAUAACUUUGUAUUAUUCGUUAUAACUGGCAAAGUUACAAAGUCCGUCCAGUAUUUACGUGGUUAAUUAUGUGAUCUGAUGAAUCGACAAUUUUAAAUAUAUUGUAAAAAAGGAUUUUCCUUUUUGAGUUAAAUAUGAGUGGGUACAUUUACUAAUAUCGUAAAAAUUAUAAACUUUAUGUGUUAAUAAUUCGCAAUGUAUUUUGCUUUAAUUAUUAUAUAAUGAUAUUCUGUACCACUCUACUUAUGCCUUAUUUAAUUGUGCAGGAUAGUAUUAUUGUGAUAGUAUUACAAUUAAAAAGGUAAAAAAGGAAAUGGUCUUUUUUUUAUUUAUUCCAAAAAUGAGCGAAAAACAAACAGGUCUAAUUGAGAGCGUCGGUGGCUCAGGGGUCAAGCACUUGCAAUCUGCAGGUC